GAAAAACUGAUCUUCGUAGCGAAAUCUGUUCGGAGCCGUCUUUUCUAGUUGCAUCAAAUUUCGUGCUUUGCUUCUGGUCUGUCGGUUGUAGUUUUUGGUCCAGUUGAGUAGCAAAGUGAAUGAGUUUGAUGAUUUACAAGUACAAUCCAGUCGAUUUCCCUAGCACAAAUUGAUCAUGUCCAUUCGUUUGUCGGGCACUGCCUCCGACGCGGGGGAGUUUCAAAAUCUUUCCUCUUUCAUGGAAGACACGGCCUCUUCCCACCAGAGCGCCGGUUCGGAAUCCGCGGCUUCUUUGGCAGGCCAUCAACGUGCAGGGACGUCAACACUCAGGCCGUCAAAUCUGCUGCUCACGACGAACGUGCACGUCAAGGACGAGGUCAAGUUGCUGGAGGUAUCCAGGAAAAAACACCCAUCCCCAUCCAAUUUGUCAUGCAAAACAGGCAUAAAAUCCGCUAUUUGUCAUGCAAAAAAUGGAUGGCGAUGGGUGUUUUUUCCAGGAUAGGAGGAUCAGAUGUCGAAAUUGAAUCACGACGUGUCAAGGCACACCAGCCAGCAGCUGAAUCGGUCUGAGUUUGAAUUUCCGAACGGACGAACGGAAGAGUUUCAGCGACGCGCGCUUGCGUGCAUCAGCGAUGACGACGAAGAGGACGAGAUCACGCACGCUUUGCGGCCAAUCCAUGAAUUGCAUCUGCAGCUGGAGGACGAAGAGGACGAAGAUUCUGUCACAGCAGUAAACAAGAAUGUUAAAAAACCUAAACCAGCAGGCGAAUCCGGAGGAAAUAAAGGAGAACGUCGUGGGGUCGUUGAGCAAGCAUUUUUCGUGACGCAGCACCAGAAAGACGGGUAUAACCUGUUGGACAAUGCUUCCGACGCGGACGAACUCUGUGACGAACUGGAUUUUGACCUCCGGAGCAAACGACUUCUGGACUUUCAGUCGCAAGAGGGCCAUGUGGAUGACGACGACGACGAGGAUUUUCCUUUGCGGGAUAUUACCUCUGCAGGAACUACAGGAAAUCGUGCCGGACUGCUCCAUUUUGAUUUAGAAAAAAACGGCGGAAACGAGAAUGCGCCGAUGUCAGGAGGUCUACUGUCCGGCGAUGGUUCUUCGCACAACGGAAACAAUAACGUCUGGCAUGUGAACGUCGAUUCUCCGGGCUACGAUUUGAAGAAUUCCGUGGCGGUACCGUUGCGGCGCAUUUCCGAGGAAAUGAAAUCCCGAGUGAAGGAGUGGAAGUGUCCUGUCUGGCUCUCGGAGAUUUGUCACCACCUCCGGAAGCACUGGCGGGAACUCGCUUGCUUAGUGGUCGCACAGGUGGCCUUCUUCCUUCUGGUGCAUUUAGCAUUUCGUGCCUGGAACGGUGGUUCCAUUGCAGGAGAUAGUGGUUCGCCUGGGGUCGACGGCGAUCGCCAGGGCGGUUCCGGCGGACUGAACAAGCGCACGCUCGCUAGAAAGUGGACGCCGGUGGUCGGGCUGUAUGAGAUGGAGGCGUUACGCAGGAAGCUGCUCCUUGACGAGCAGGCCGGGCAGACGCCGGGCGACCUGGAGACGGCGAGUCGCGCGACCCUGCUGGAAUUCUAUGCGGCGUUUCGCAAUUUUGUAGACGGGAACAAGGACGUGCGCGACACCUUGACUUCCGUGGGACACGAAGAGGACCACGGGGCCAGCUUUUUCCUGGAUUCGCUGGCCAGCGGGAACCGCGUCACCAGCGGGCACAAGCACGCUAACGCGCGGUUCACGUGCUAUCUGGACUACCAGUGGAGUAAGCCGCUCUUCGAGUUACAGACCUGUCUGCGGUGCGCCAGCAGUGAAGAGAGCCUGCUGCUAGAAGCGACCUUGACGCGGGACCCAAAGCUGGGGAUCGCGAUGGAAUGGGCAACCACAGCGUCGACGACCAGCACGGCAGACGCCACCGCGGUGGCCAACGCCGGUAAUCAUGGUGCCCCGGCAACAAAAAUGGCGGACAUGGCCACUGCUCCGCACGUCUGGACAGACAAGCAGCGCAAAAGUCUUCCCUUCUGCCUUAGCCCGGCAACGGUGCCGGUGUGAUUCUACUUCUCAAGAACAGGAAUGCAUGAGUAGUACUAUCUAUUCGCUACUGUAUAUUUAUUAGUUGUGGAAUGCUACGAGGUCGUGGAUGAGGAAAAUAUAUAAGUCAAAGUAGAAUUACAUAGCCACAACCAAAUCUAAUGACCACAGCACGACCUUCCACCAGGAAAACAACCUAGAUUCCCCCGAUUUAUAUUAGUUGAACGUGCCCCCUGACUCGAGCUCGAGCGAACUGAAAAAUAACGAUUUGAAUGGUUUGACCGAAGUCCUUUUAU